CGGAAGCUACGAAUCGGAAGCUGACUUCAACGUCGUCACAGAUUUGUCCACAGGCUGUAUUUACGCCCAGUUAUGUCGAGUUUGUGCCCAAUCUGAGAAACGGUUAUCGGUUUGGGUUAUUUAAAAAGUUAAUCGACCGGUGUAUCCUAGCAUCAGGAAGUACCUUCAGGAAGUAGUUUGCUGCCUUGUUUGAGUGACAGCUGUUUGGUGGUGACAGCCCACACGGGACGGCAGCCCGCUGAGCCGAGCCGAUACUCAAGAUGGCAGGUCUAUCUUUAUACUUUGAAGAUGGCCAUGAUGAUCUGGAUGAUUUUGGAUUUGAUGACUAUGGUUCAGAGUGCGACGGAAUCCGCAUCACAGCCUUCCUCGAUGCAGGACAAGACAACCUAACUCCUCUUGGGAGGCUAGAGAAGUAUGCUUUCAGUGAGAAUGUCUUCAACAGGCAGAUCGUGGCUCGUGGCCUGCUUGAUGUGCUUCGAGAAUUCAGUGACAAUGAAAAUGACUUUAUCAGUGUCAUGGAGACAGUUGCCAGAAUGUCAGAAGAUGGAGAGCCCACUGUGCGAGCUGAACUGAUGGAGCAAGUCCCCAACAUUGCCAUGUUCUUACACGAGAGUCGGCCCAACUUCCCAGCAGCUUUCUCAAGAUACUUGGUACCCAUUGUAGUCCGAUAUCUCACUGAUCCAAAUAACCAGGUGCGGAAGACCAGCCAGGCAGCACUGCUGGUCCUGUUGGAGCAAGGCCUCAUCUCUAAAGCUGAUAUGGAGACCAAAGUUUGUCCAGUUCUGCUGGACCUCACAGAACCCAGCAGUGACGAUGACUACAAAAUCGAAGCAGUCGCUAUCAUGUGUAAAGUUGUCACCAUGUUGAGCAAAGACACAGUGGAGCAUCUACUACUGCCACGCUUCUGUGACCUGUGCAGUGAUGCCAGACUCUUUCAAGUCCGCAAGGUCUGUGCUGCUAAUUUUGGGGAGUUUUGUUCUAUUGUGGGUCAGGAGGCCACAGAAAAACUACUGAUGCCCAAGUUCUUCGACCUAUGCUCAGACAGUCUGUGGGGCAUCAGGAAAGCCUGUGCUGAGUGCUUCAUGAUGGUCUCCAAUUCUACCUCUCCAGAGGUGCGACGUGCAAAAUUGUCCCCCCUGUUCAUCAGCCUCAUCAGUGACCAGUCUCGCUGGGUGCGACAGGCUGCCUUUCAGUCUCUAGGGCGCUUCAUCUCCACCUUUGCCAAUCCCUCAAGCACAGGCUUUCACUUCAGAGAGGAUGGCGCACUACUAGAGGUCCCCCGGUGUACAUUGGACAGCGACUGCUCCCUAAACUCUCUGAACUGCUCCGACAUUAGUGGCUGCCACACAGGAAGAACCAUCGCUCACACACCUCCCAACCAGGACGGCCGUGCCACACCGUCCCCAGAGCACGUGUCGACAGCUGACAGUGAGGAAAUGCACAAUUUUGAUGACAUCCACACUUCUGUUCCCAGAGAGAUGUGUGGCGGCUUCAUCCGCACAUUCUCAAACAGCAACACCAACCCUACGACUACAAACAACGCUAAGAACGCAAAAGACACGGAGCAGACAGACGAGAACUUUAAUUCUUUCAACUAUUGGAGAUCUCCUUUACCAGACAUCAGUGGGGAACUGGAGAUGCUAAAUUGUCAAAAAUCAGAGGAAGUGAUAGAGGAAGAGGAGGAAGAGGAACUUGAUUGUCCUGAUUCCAAAUCCAGCCCUGGCAAAGCCACCAGCGACCAAAUCCAGAAGGUCUUGGACUGUUUGCAACCGCACAUGGAUGACCCUGAUGUACAAGCUCAAGUCCAGGUGUUGUCAGCGGCUCUAAAGGCAGCCCAGCUCGACAGCCCAGAAGAUGACAGCCCAACGGAUGACGGCCUGACUGAACCCGAGCCACAAGAGCAGCCCGAGGACGACAUCGACAUUGUGUCCGUGGAGAGUAAAUCUGUGGAGGUUCAGUCUGAGAGUGAAGAGAGUCCCACAGAAGAGGAGCAAACGAUGGAAACUUCUCCAGCCUCAGAGUCGAGUCCGGUCCAGGAGCAAGGGGACGAAGAGACGCAGACGGAACCCCUGGAGGACCAGGAAGAGUCUCCUCCUGAUUCCCCUAUUUUAGAGUCUGAACUAAUUGAGAGUGUGGAGGAAGAGGGAAAGGAAGACUCUGCUCACAGCCCAGUGUUUGAGGAUAAGCCCAAAAUCCAGAAUGUCAUUCCCCAGCAGCUGUUGGAUCAGUACCUUUCUAUGACUGAUCCGGCUCGGGCCCAGACGGUGGAUACAGAGAUAGCCAAACACUGUGCCUUCAGCCUGCCGGGGGUAGCGCUCACCCUGGGACGACAGAACUGGCACUGCCUCAAGGACACAUAUGAAACCCUCGCUACUGAUGUGCAGUGGAAGGUGCGGCGUACGCUGGCUUUCUCCAUCCACGAGCUGGCCGUUAUCCUGGGAGACCAGCUGACAGCAGCUGAUCUGGUGCCUAUCUUCAAUGGUUUCCUCAAAGACCUGGACGAGGUCCGCAUUGGCGUGCUCAAACACCUCUACGACUUCCUCAAACUGCUGCACGCAGACAAGAGGAGAGAAUACCUGUACCAGCUGCAGGAAUUCAUGGUGACGGACAACAGUCGUAACUGGAGAUUCAGAUAUGAGCUGGCAGAGCAGUUGAUCUUGAUCAUAGAGUUGUACAGCCACAAUGAUGUGUUUGACUACCUCAGACAGAUAGCCCUCACACUCUGCUCUGACAAAGUAUCAGAGGUCAGGUGGAUCUCAUACAAACUGGUUGUAGAGAUCCUCCAGAAGCUGUAUGCAUGUGGGGCCGAUGAUCUGGGCCUGAACUUCAUCAACGAGCUCACCGUCAGGUUCUGCCACUGUCCCAAGUGGGUGGGACGGCAGGCCUUUGCCUUCAUCUGCCAGGCCAUAGUGGAGGAGGACUGCAUGCCCAUGGAGCAGUUUGGCCAGCACCUCUUGCCCAGCCUGCUCAGCCUCUCCUCAGACCCGGUGGCCAAUGUCCGCGUACUGGUGGCCAAGGCUCUACGACAGAGUGUCAUGGAGAAAGCUUACUUCAAGGAGCCCUGCUGUGCCUACUCUGACGAGCUGGAAGAGACUGUGAUGGCUCUGCAGUCCGACAAGGACCGGGAUGUCCGCUUCUUUGCCAGCCUGGACCCCAACAAAUGCUUGAUGGACACAGCUCCCUUGAUUUAGCCUCAGCUCCUGAGUCCUAUUACAGCCCACCUGCCUGUCUACCUACCUGUCUGUCUGACUGAUGCACAGUCAGCGCAACCUGCAACACCAGCACCUGACCAGAUCCCCAACCACUCGCCUGCUGGGCAGACCUGCACCAACGACCACUUGGGAAUCAUGUCAGAUGAUCAGAUUAUAAGAUAAAAGUAUGAGCGUGCUCAAACAACACAACCCAGCCUCUGGUUGAGCACUGCAUAGCGCACAUUGCAUUCACGAUACAAAAUGCAUACGUCUCAGAGUUUUCAGAAGAUGAGCAGGACUCAGAGGAUAGCUGCACCACUUUGUGGGAGCUGCCGUAUUCACGCCUGAAUUUUUCCUCACCCUCCUCCACACUAACAUCGACCCAAUCCUUCCCCAAUCGCAGACUUGUAAAACUACGACGGGCUCUUUCUCUCCAAAGCUAAUUGUAAGCUUGAUAUAAAAUUGCUGAAUUGAUUUUUUUUUUUUUUUUUUUUUUUCCCCUCUCUCUCUCUCUUUGUGGAUUUCUUCUUAACGAACAAGCGGGCAAGGCCUGUCUGACUCUGAUGUGUGCACUAACUCAGGGGGACUCAUCUGAACCUAAACAGCAUUAUUAGCUUACAUGAUAAGCAGCAGCGCCGGGAUCCCUGGUGAAAAAAACUCCAGCUGUCUGAGCAACAGACCAGCCAAACCAAGUAGCUCUGCUGGUGUCUCUCGCCUCAUUUCCUCUUAAAUGCCUCUGUUGUCUCAGACGUCCUGUCUCUUCUGAGAUGUCCUCUGGGUUAUCGUCUGUUUCCCUUCUACCUUCUCUUCACUCUUCCUCUGCAUUUCUCCACCUGGUCUUCAUGGGCCACUGAAACCACUACUACUGCACAGAAGGAAGUGAUUCUGCCACUCAGCGUAACUCUCGAUUAAACCCAUAUCUUGAAAGAACACCUUAAUAAACUGUUGAUUGCUCCCCUCCCCUCUUGUCUGUUUACCAAUAAUGUGACACAACACGUCUCCCAAACGGCAGGGGACAAAUAAAUACCUCUGUUUGGACACGACUGGCCAGUGUGGCUUACAUGUAGAGGGACAUCCACGGUUCAAACGGGCUCUGAAUAUCCUCGACGGGUGAUUCUUUGGUGUUGACUAAAACAUCUUAAGGGCUCAUGACGAAGUGACAGAGGGUGACGUAAAUCUCCGAAAGAAGUGGAAGAAAGCAAGCACACUGUUCGAUUAUGCAUGCCCCCCACACACACACACACACACACCCCCCUUGUGUAUAGUCUAUUCCAAUUCCUUAAGGUUGACCUCCUGAUAAUGAUUUAUGUGACCAUGGUAACUUUCAGUGGAUCUGACUGACCAGUUGUACAGUAGGUUAUAGGAAUGGCUGUGUGAUGAGACUGAGAGGCAGCUCAUCAUUAUUUCCCUCUCUUGGUGGAAUGAUUUUAAGUAUGAGGUCUCUCAACAUUUUGCAACUCUUUUGUAUAGCUUAAACCUGUGGAAAGCGGUUUGUGUUUAUGAAACCAAGGCCAGUUGAGUCAGGUUUUUACUCAUUGAGAUGUGAUACAGUUUGGGAGAAGUCACCAAGUCACUUUUUGUAGUCUCUCAAGCUUGUUUGUUCUCCUUUUGUUGUUAAUGGUAACCCCUUUUUUUUCCUUCUUUUUUUAAACCUAGACAUAACUUGAGAACUUAAGCUGAUUGUGGUGUGUGCUGUGCAUCUCAAGUCUUUCUUCCCUUGAAAGGAGAGCUCACUGCGGUAAUGGCGGUGUCUACUCAUCUCGUCUGUCUGCGAUUUGUGUCCAUCUCAUUUUUUAUGUAGUAGAACAGUUAAUAUAUACAUUUUAUGAAAAUUAUUUUUCUUUUCAAUUAUGCACCACUGUUCAAAGAUUUUAUAUCCUAACUUUACAAAAUUUACAACCUUUGUAAUAUUCAAUGGUUUCUUUUAAAAAGACAUUUUAUGUAAUGUUAUUUUUAGUAUUCUGUAAUUAAAAUGAUGAAAAUGAA